CGUGGGGAGCUACGGGGUAGAUCCGUCUUAAAUCCCUAGUGUUGGAGAGAGACCUGCUGUGAAGAUGGGACCAGCCCCCGCCGGACAGCAACAGCGCGGGUCCACUUCAACUGGGGAGCCAGAGGUGAUGGAACUUGCCUUAGAAGGCUUGGGCAAAGAGAAGGCAUCCUCAAGAAAGCGUGCCCAAGCAGAAGCACCUGCGGAAGGCCUCCCUCAGCCAGUGAAGCUCAGUCGGGAAGAGCUGUACAAGGAGCCUACAAAUGAAGAACUGAAUCGCCUCCGCGAGACGGAGAUCUUGUUCCACUCCAGCUUGCUUCGUUUACAAGUGGAGGAGUUACUAAAGGAAGUCAGACUGUCAGAGAAGAAGAAAGAGAGGAUUGAUGCUUUCCUGAAGGAGGUCAUCAAGCGGAUCCAGAAAGUUCCCCCAGUCCCUGAGGCUGAGCUCACUGACCAGUCAUGGCUCCCAGCUGGGGUCCGAGUGCCCCUCCACCAAGUACCCUACGCUGUGAAGGGCUCCUUCCGCUUCCUGCCUCCAUCCCAGAUCACUAUUGUGGGCAGCUACCCUCUGGGUACUUGUAUGCGACCAGAUAUCAAUGUGGAUGUGGUCCUGACCAUGCCCAGGGAAAUCUUACAGGACAAAGAUGGGCUGAACCAGCGCUACUUCCGCAAGCGGGCCCUUUAUCUGACUCACUUAGCCUACCACCUGGCCCGGGAUCCCCUCUUUGGCAGUGUUCGCUUCUCUUACCCCAGCGGAUGCCACCUGAAGCCCUCACUGCUACUGCGGCCACAUGGGAAGGAUGAGCGCCUGGUUACUGUACGCCUGUAUCCGUGCCCUCCUUUGGACUUCUUCCGCCCUUGCCGCUUGCUGCCAACCAAGAACAAUGUGCGCUCUGCCUGGUACCGAGGGCAGAGCUGUCCAGAUUAUGCUAGCUUAGAGCCUCCUACCCCCCACUAUAACACCUGGAUCCUGCAGGAUACAGCUCUUGAGGCUCACAUGCACUUGCUGUCCAGUGUGCUGGCCUCCGCCCAGGGGCUGAAGGACGGUGUGGCGCUUCUGAAGGUUUGGCUGAGGCAGCGGGAGCUGGACAAGGGCCUGGGUGGAUUUAAUGGAUUCCUAAUCUCCAUGCUGGUUGCCUUCCUCGUGUCUAAACGAAAGAUCCAUACCACCAUGAGCGGCUACCAGGUCCUGAGAAGUGUCCUGCAGUUCCUGGCCACUACAGAUCUGACGAUCAACGGAAUCAGCUUCUCCCUCAGCUCAGAUCCCUCCUUGCCGUCCGUGGCUGACUUCCACCAGCUUUUCGCCGUUGUGUUUGUGGACCCAUCAGGCCGUCUCAACCUCUGUGCGGAUGUUACAGCUUCCACUUACAACCAGGUGCAGUAUGAGGCAGAGCUCUCUAUGGCAUUGCUGGACAGCAAAGCUGACGACGGGUUUCAGCUGCUCUUGAUGACGCCCAAACCCAUGAUCCAGGCUUUUGACCACGUGGUCCAUCUCCGUCCACUGAGUCGUCUGCAGGCAGCAUGUCACCAGCUGAAGCUUUGGCCAGAGUUGCAGGACAACGGCGGGGACUAUGUUUCGGCGGCUUUGGGCCCACUGACCAACAUCUUGGUGCAGGGUCUGGGGUGCCGGCUGCAUCUGCUGGCUCACUCCCGGCCCCCAGUCCCAGAGUGGGCUAUCAACCAGGAUCCCCCGAAGCACAAGGACGCCGGGACCUUGACUCUGGGAUUGCUCUUCCGGCCUGAGGGACUGACCAGCGUUAUUGAUCUUGGCCCAGAGGCUGACAGGCCUGAGGCUGCUGAAUUCCGUCAGUUCUGGGGAUCCCGCUCGGAGCUCAGACGUUUCCAGGAUGGAGCCAUCCGGGAAGCUGUGGUCUGGGAGGCAGAAUCUCUGUCUGAGAAGCGCCUUAUUCCUCACCAGGUGGUCACCCACCUCUUGGCACUCCAUGCUGACAUCCCGGACACCUGUAUCCACUAUGUGGGUGGCUUCCUCGAUGCAUUGAUCCAAGGCCCCAGAGAGACUUCCAGCACAGGUGAGGAGGCCCUGGCAUUGGCUGUGCGCUGCUAUGAUGACCUCAGCCGCCUGCUCUGGGGGCUGGAGGAUCUCCCACUCACUGUGUCUGCUGUUCAGGGCGCUCACCCAGUGCUGCGCUAUACAGAGGUGUUCCCCCCAGCUCCAGUUCGACCUGCCUAUUCCUUCUAUAACCGCCACCAAGAGCUAGCCUCACUGUUGCCCCGGCUGGAUAAGCCCUGCCCAGCCUAUGUGGAGCCUAUGACUGUGGUUUGUCACCUGGAGGGCAGCGGGCAGUGGCCUCAGGACGCAGAGGCUGUGCAGCGGGUCCGCGCUGCCUUCCAGCUGCGCCUGGCAGAGGUGUUGACCCAGCAGCAUAGACUACAGUGCCGUGCCACUGCCACACACACUGACGUCCUCAAGGGUGGGUUUGUGUUUAGGAUCCGAGUGGCCUAUCAACGGGAGCCACAGAUCCUGAAGGUGGUGCGGAGCCCUGAGGGGAUGAUCUCUAUGAGAGACACACCUGCCUCCCUCCGCCUUGAGAGAGACACCAGGCUGCUGCCCUUGCUCACCAGUGCCCUGCAUGGACUCCAGCAGCAGUACCCAGCCUUCUCAGGUGUGGCUCGCCUGGCCAAGCGGUGGGUGCGUGCCCAGCUUCUAGGCGAGGGCUUCACUGAUGAGAGCCUGGAUCUGGUGGCCGCUUCGCUCUUCCUCCACCCUGAGCCCUUCACCCCUCCCAGUGUCCCCCAGGUUGGCUUUCUUCGGUUCCUUUACCUGAUAUCUACCUUUGAUUGGAAGAACAACCCUCUUAUUGUCAAUCUCAACAGUGAGUUGACUGCUGAGGAACAGGUGGAGAUUCGAAGUAGUUUCCUGGCAGCUCGAACACAGCUCCCAGUCAUGGUCAUCGUUACCCCCCAAGACCGCAGAAGCUCUGUGUGGACACAGGAUGGACCCUCUGCCCAGAUCCUUCAGCAGCUUGUGAGCCUGGCGGCUGAAGCCCUGCCCAUCCUGGAAAAGCAGCUGAUGGAUCCCCGAGGGCCUGGGGACAUUAGGACAGUGUUCCGGCCACCCUUCGACAUAUAUGAUGUGCUGAUCCACCUGACUCCCCGCCACAUCCCCCGGCACCGCCAAGCUGUGGACCCUCCAGCCGCUUCCUUCUGCCGUGGUCUGGUCACUGAGCCCGGGCCUUCGUCUCUGAUGCCUGUCCUGGGCUAUGAUCCCCCUCAGCUCUAUCUGGCACAGCUCAGGGAGGCCUUUGGAGAUCUGGCUCUUUUCUUCUAUGACCAGCAUGGUGGAGAGGUGAUUGGUGUUCUCUGGAAGCCCAGCAGCUUCCAGCCCCAGCCCUUUAAGGCCUCCAGCCUAAAGGGACGCAUGGUGGUGUCUCGAGGUGGGGAGCUCGUGACGGUGCCCAACAUAGAAGCGAUCUUGGAGGACUUUGCUGUGUUGGGUGAAGGCCUGGUACAGGCUGUAGAGGCCCGAAGUGAGAGGUGGACUGUGUGAUUCUGACCUUGGGACAAGCAGUAGGUGGGCCAUGGGAUGUUGGACCUGUGGAGCAGCAUGUCAGUGGGGCAGCCACCCUCGGUGCAGUAUGGACGCCUGAUGAACACAUUGAAUCCCCCAUCCCCAGAGGACGCCCUGCGAGAUUUUCAGUCUGAUGCAUCAGCUCUGGGACAGGGGCCAUGGUGUCCUGUGUCCCCUACACCUGACUAUCCAAAUUCCCAGAGGAGGAGACCGAGUCAGCUCCCAGGGAACUGAAUCCAUGAGAUCCAUCUGCCCAUCCAUCCUGAGUCAGCCUGAACUGUUUUUCGUUUUUUGUUUUCUCACCACCUGCAUCUUCCCACUGACAGGACUGAUGUGUCAGAUGGCACCGUGCCUUUCCCUGUUGCUACUUCCAGCCUGUAGAUUGGACCUCAAAGAAGCUGUGGCCCCUCCUGGGGGUCGACACCAGCACUGAGCAGUGGGAGGGGGCUGAGUGUGUAUGAGUGGAACCCACUGAACAGGCACAGUGCCCUAAGGGUAGCAACAGUGGAAAAGACAUAGACCAGGCAGGACUGGGUGGACGGAGUUUAGGGGUCUCUGGUCCAGAAGAGAGACAGAAAGCUGGGCACUGCAGACGAGCCUUUUUUUGAGUUCUACCCACCCCUGCUGCCGUCUGUGGUUCCCCAUUACUGUGCCAAGCUCUGAGGGAAGCAGGAUGCUACCUCUCAGCUUGGUCCACGUCCCCUUCUGGCAGCCACUCCCUCCUUUUCUCCCCUAAUCCUGACUGGUUUUUUUUUUAGACUCAGCUCAAAUAGCACCCCUCCUAGUCCCUGCCCUCACCUCCACCCCUCUCUCCCUUCUGUGAACUGUGAGCUGUGAAUGCGAUUACCCCUUGUUGAGUUCACUUGGCAGGCAUGCGUACCAGCAUGCACCUUCUGUUGUCCUGAACUCUGAUUUAAAGUAAAUUGCUUAAUUCCUUCUGGGUACCCGACUUGUCUUCUCUCGAGAUUUCAGCCAGGUCUGUGAGGAAGCUCUGUGAGGACAGGCAGACACUGAGCACGGGCAGAUGACUUGCUGUUUCUCACAGCACCUAGAGUGAGACUCAUAGCUGUGUAGAAGGGUAGCCCCAGCCCAAGCAGAUGGAGGCCAGGGGCACCACCACAAGGCCACAAAGAUACAGGAGUCAAACCUUGGACUAUGCUGUGAGCAGGCAAGGUGGCGAAAGAAAGCCUAAGACUAAUUGGGUGUAGUGUGUCAUGCUUUUAAUCCCAGCACUCUGGAGGCAAGGGCAGGAGGAGCUUUUGAGUUGGAGGCGAGCCUUGUCUACAGAGUGAGUUACAAAUUGGAGGUCAGUCCGAGCUACUGAGACCAAAAGCAAUGGUGACCCAGUUUGUAUGAAAAUGGACUUUAAAAAACCUGAAGGUCUGGCAGUAAGGCUCAGCAGGUAAAGGUGUCUGACACCUGCGUCCCAUCCUUGGAUUCAUGGUGGAAGGAAUUGUUUCAGUGUUUGGGAGGCAAAAGCAGGCAGAUUUGUGAGUUCGAGGGUUUACAGGGUGAGUUCCAGAACAGUUAGGGCCAUACAGAGAAAAAUGUUGUCUCAAAAAUCAAAACAAGGGGCUGGGGAUUUAGCUCAGUGGUAGAGCGCUUACCUAGGAAGCACAAGGCCCUGGGUUCGGUCCCCAGCUCUGGGGAAAAAAAAAAAAUCAAAACAAAAAGAUGGGGUUGGUUUGAUCUCAGCAGUUAGAAGGUGGAUCUCUGAAUUCCAGGCCAGACUGGUCUUUAAAAAAAAGGGAGAAAGAGAAUCCACUCCUGUAAGUUAAGUUGUCUUCUGACCUUUACCUAUCAUACACUUUCGUAAACUCAAAUAAAUGUAAUAGCAACAACAAAG